CGCGUCAUAAGUUGCUAUAUUCGCUCGUAGAAUUUGAGUUCCUCGGUCUUUUGCUAUACUUCAAGACGUUUCUAACUCUAUUUACGAAAAUGGCUUCAAAAGUGCCUAAAGUAGCCUUCAACAACGGAUUCGAAUGCCCUAUACUUGGCAUCGGUACAUGGAAGUCCAAGCCCGGCGAGGUGACGCAAGCCGUGAAGGACGCCAUAGACAUCGGCUACCGGCACAUAGACUGCGCGUUUGUCUACGGAAACGAGCCGGAGGUCGGCGCUGCGCUCAGCGCCAAACUCAAGGACGGAACUGUCACGAGAGAGGACCUCUUCAUCACCUCCAAGCUGUGGAACACGUUCCACCGUCCGGACCUGGUGCGUGGCGCGCUCCUCAAGUCCCUGCAGAACCUCGGCCUUCAGUACCUGGACCUGUACCUGAUACACUGGCCCCAGGGCUACAAGGAAGACGGGGAACUGUUCCCGACGGACGCGGCCGGUAAGAUCCUUUUCUCCGAAGUGGACUACGUGGACACUUGGAAGGCUCUGGAGCCCCUGGUCGCCGAAGGCCUGGUGCGCUCACUCGGGCUGUCCAACUUCAACUCCAAGCAGAUCACUCGAGUGCUGGAGGUCGCUAAAGUCAAGCCGGUCGUCAACCAGGUCGAAUGUCAUCCGUACCUCAACCAGCAGCGCCUAAAGGACUUCUGCGAGGCCAGGGGAAUCAAACUGACGGCCUACUCGCCCCUGGGGUCCCCGGACAGACCGUGGGCCAAGCCCGGAGAGCCUCUGCUCAUGGAGGACCCCAAGCUCAAAGCUAUCGCUGACAGACUUGGCAAGACCCUUGCUCAAGUGCUCAUCAGAUACCAGAUCGACCGCGGCGUCAUAGUGAUCCCUAAGUCCGUGACCGCGUCCAGGAUCGCGUCCAACUUCGACGUGUUUGACUUCAAGCUGUCCAAGGAGGACGUGGACCUGGUCGACUCCUUCAACGUGGACGGACGAUUCGUCCCCAUGACCGCAUCUCUUGGGCACAAGUAUCAUCCUUUUGAAAACGACGACUUCUAAACUAUCUAUAAAGGUCCCGUUAUGUUUAUAACUUUAUAUGUAUAUUAUGUUGGUGCGUGCACAUUUUAUCUAUAAUAAAUUGUUGUAAAUAA